ACUUUGAUUUGGUCUGUGUUUGACAUGAAUUGAUUAUAUACAGAACCUUUACUCAAGGAAGACAAAAGGCUGUCUGGCUGGAAAUCUGUUAUCAGCAUUCAAUGAAGGCAUGUAAGCUCAGCAGUAUAUCAAUGGGUUUACCUGAAAUAAAAUACAGUUUAUAUGAGCAGUAUUGACGCAUGUCCACAAGGCGUAUUCAAAAGACAGGCCUUCCAGUGUGACUGAACAGAUUCCUUUGAAAAUAAUACCUUUGUCCUCAUGCAUACCUGCCAUCACUGCUGUUUAGAAUUUGAAGGGAAGGAGAUGUGACCAAAUCUGGAUUUUACUGAGGUGUGUACAUCUUCAGAGCCCGGGGAACCUGCAACGAUCUAGUCAGACUUGUGCAGACUGGUUUCACUGACAGUUGGAUUAGUGUAAUGUUUUGCAAACGCAUCUUGGAGCUCUUUCAACAGCAGCUGUAGCUCAUGGAUAGAAUUAACUUUUGCCUGACUUCAGGAUUACAAAAGAAGAAAACUUUACACUAACAUGAAGUUAGAACAUUGAGAAACACUGCAGCCUUUUGGAGGAAGAACGUUGACAAACACUACAGUCUUUUGGAGUAAAAAUCAUACAGGCAAGGAAACGUGCUGAGCCAUGGAGUUAAUGAGUUUGAGAUUCCUAUGGUCCUGUACUUUUUAUGCUACCUGGCUUAUGCAGGGAGCUAUAACAGCAAAGGGUGAUGUCAUUCCACGUCUCACCUUUCAGCACAAUGACCCAGAAAGAGCAGUCUGGCUGUUUUCUGACCAACAUGCAAAGAACUAUACAAGCCUGCUUCUGAGCGCAGAUGGGGAGACAUUAUAUGUUGGAGCUCGGGAAACCCUUUUUGCCCUAAAUGUUUCUACCAUCUGGAACAGUGCACCUUACCACACAUUACAGUGGGUUACUGCAGAGUCAAAGAAAAAGGAAUGUGUCAUAAAAGGCAAAAGUGAACAGACUGAUUGCUACAAUUACAUCAAGAUUGUCCUUCAGCUGAACAGCACCCACCUGUAUAUGUGCGGAACAUACUCCUUCAGUCCUUCCUGCACCUAUGUUAAAAUAGCUGACUUUUCCAUUGUGGAAGGCGCCAGUGAAGAUGGGAAAGGACGCUGCCCUUUUGAUCCACACUACUCAUCAACUGCCAUUAUGGUUGAUGGUGAACUCUACACUGGGACUGUGGGUAAUUUCCUGGGCAAUGAACCUAUUAUAUCACGUAGCCUGAACAACAGGACACCACUGAAAACAGAAAGCUCCCUCAACUGGCUUGAAGAUUCCAAAUUUGUAGGCUCAGCCUACAUUCAAGAGAGCCAUUUACCAGGUAGCCUUGCUGAUGAUGAUGACAAAAUUUACUUCUUCUUCAGUGAGAUAGGGAAGGAAUAUAACUUUUUUGAGAAUAUCAUAGUUUCUCGGAUUGCACGUGUCUGUAAGGGUGACCUGGGAGGGGACCGUGUUCUGCAAAAACGGUGGACCACUUUCCUGAAGGCCCAACUUCUCUGUUCUCUCUCAGAUGAUGGAUUUCCUUUUAAUGUGAUUCAGGACAUGUUUGUUUUGACACCAGGACAUGACAAUUGGAAAGAUGCCAUCUUCUAUGGAGUCUUUACAUCACAGUGGUACAAAGGAGGGUCUAGUAGUUCUGCAGUUUGUGCAUUUACUAUGGACCAGGUAGAGGAAGCCUUCAAUGGGAGCUUUAAGGAGGUGAACAGGGAACUGCAGUACUGGUACACCUACACUGAUCCCUUGCCAGAGCCAAGACCAGGAUCGUGCAUCACCAGGAAAACAAGAGGUAUGGAAAUUAACAGCUCUCUGCAGGUACCAGAUAAGGUGCUUAACUUCAUCAAGGACCAUUUUCUGAUGGACAAAGUUAUCAAGAGCCAACCUCAGCUUUUACAGAAGGACACACACUAUCAGCAGAUCACUGUACACAGGAUGAGAGGCAUUAGCAACACCUAUGAUGUCCUUUUCUUAGGAACAGACAAUGGAAGGUUACAUAAAGCUGUCACCGUGAAAACAAAGAGUGGCUCAGCAGUGCAUAUCAUAGAGGAAGUACUCCUGUUCCCUAAACCUGAACCUGUUCAGAAGCUUUUGCUUAAUAAAGAGAAGGGUUGGUUGUAUGCUUCAUCUACUUCCUGGGUGGCCCAGCUGCCUAUUGCAAACUGCAGUGCAUACCAAAGCUGUGGAGAGUGCAUCUUGUCUCGGGACCCAUACUGUGCCUGGACUGGGAAGCACUGCAGAAAUAUUCUUCAGCACAAACCAGAACUACAUUGGAAACAAGACAUUGAAAAUGCAGACACAAAGGCCCAGUGCCAGCAGAACACAUCAUUACCAGGUGGCAGAAGUUUUAGAUCAUCUGGUUCAGUUCCAUGUGACCAAAUCCUUAUGUCUGGAAUAAAGGAACUGCCAUGUAAGCUAUCUUCAAAUUUGGCUACCAUAAAAUGGUUCCAUAAUAAUGAAGAGGUUAACUCCACAUAUCCAAUCCGUCCAGAUGGCAGUUUGAUGCUUGGAGCUGUCUUUCAUCCACUAGGAAUAUAUGAAUGCUGGUCCAUGGAGGAGGGAUUUGCAAUGCUUUCUGCAAACUACUGUGUGGAAACUCAAGUCCUCAUGGAAGUAACCACCCAGGAGAAAUAUCCAGCUGAAACAACAACAUUGAGUACCAGGAUUUUCAGUGAUAUGUUUUUCGUCAACAGUUCUGUGAACAAUGGCAAAAGUUCGGCACGAGUAGAUGAAACCAGCUACUGGAAAGAAUUUUUGAUUGUAUGCAUUCUCUUUGCUGUAACAGUUGUUGCUUUCACAUUGUUCCUGCUGUGCAGACACCGGGACACUAUGAAGUCAUUCCUGAAGGAAGGGGGGGAUUGUCCUACUGUGCAGCAAAAAAAGCAAAGAAAGGGCAUGAAGCCAAAUGAAAGCCUACCCCUAAAUGGUAAUACAAUACCAAAUGCAGUGUCUGAUCAUAAAGGCUACCAAACAUUAAAUGACAACUACAUUGUAAGCACACCAGUCCAUGAAGUAAACAAAGAUUUCUCAGAAUCAGAAAAGAGGCCACUGAACAUUAAGGACACUCACGUAGAUCUCUCCCCUACUUCUCCACGUCCAAGGGUAAGGUUAGGAUCAGAAAUCAGAGACUCUGUUGUAUGAAAUGCUAGGAAUACUGAGAGUACAUCAUCACAAACACUGACCUUCCUAGGGACCAAUGAAAAAAGAACAAAGCAAUUCAAAAUUUAUGACCUUUCGCCACUGAACUAGGAAGCUAUUAUCUGAGCGAGCUCAGUGCUGAGUUUGGAAAUAAGGCUAGCACUCGUUGCUGAUUGCCUGAGAUCGAAGGUUGCAUCAUUUCAUAAUCCUUCCUCAGUGACAUUGCAUAGACAUGAUUGUUAUCAGUUUUGUAAAAAAAUAAUUUUCAGAUCCUGACUAGCUUUAUGAACUGCAUCAACUAGGAUUUCAUUCUGAUAAAGGCCACCUUCUCAAAAGAAAAAAAAUGACGUGACAUUGUUGCUUGACAUUUCUUUUUUUAUUUGUAAUCCCACAUUGCAGUCACUACUGUGCUUGAAAUGUGAAUUCAUGGAAAGUUUUGAUUACCAGCCAGUACACAGCAUGGAAUCUUUAUCUAACAGCAGUAGUAGCACCAACUUUCAAGUAAGAACUGCUGCCAUAUGAAACUAGGCAAAACACACUCAUUUGAAUGAAUGUGAGGACAGGAGUGUUUUGCCUUUUACUUUGACUGUGCCAGUGGAUAAUUUGGACUUGCAAUACAUGCGUACUGCCUUUACUGCACUUAUUGUAACCUGAUAGACACUGUCUGGCACUCCAGUGUGUCAUUCUCCCUACUGCUUCAACUUUACAGCAUUGUGAGUGCUAACAGAUGUGUUAUCAUCAGGACACCAACUGCUGGGUAUAAAUCACUGAUUCUUGGUUAUCUCUGCAGAGGUAGCUUUAGAUGCUUUGUUCCAUGCAAGACUAGUAGUGCCCCAAGCAGUUGCCAUUUGGCUUGUGAAGCUUAUCUUUCUUUAGCCAAGGAUCAUUUAGGUGCUGAUAUCAGUUCUUCCCAAUCCUGCCACGCAGAUGAGCUGAGGCUUUGUUUAUCUCUGCAUUUCAGUAUUCUGAUCAGCUAAGAGUGAAAACUUUUUUCUUUGUCAUUAACGUGCAGUGGAGCAACGUCACAGCUCUGGCCUUUUGCCACUGUUCUUUUGAUUCUGCCUUUCUAGACAGUGACUAGGCAAAGAAACCACCCAGAAUAUGGAAAUAUGGCUACUGUGCAAGCACCAGAGCCUGUACUGAUAGGAUACUGAAUACUAGAUUCACCUAUGUAUGCAUACGUUGUUACAAGUCAGUUGAUAACAUGAGAAGUGUUGAGGGCGAUACUGACUUAUAGGAGGAUGUGAUACUGCAGCACAAAAGACAAUGAUGCCAAACUUCAUAGCAGAGACUUACUGAGUGCCAAAAAAAGAACUCAUAAUUUUAUAAUGGUGUAUUUUUUUUUAGAUUUUUACAUUAGUGAUAUAAGUAUUUUUAAUAUAAUGUGGUUUAUGUUUUAUACCUUUUUGUGGUAUUUGUGAGUCUGAAUGUUCUAUGAUUGUGUACUUGUGCGUUUGUUUUUUUCAGUCCAUAAUGAAUGUGAAAAAAAAAGUUGUGCAAAUGGCACAAAAUAUGUCUAUGCCCAAGUAGUGCCUGCAGAGAGAAUCGGGACACAAACACUAUGUCCAUCCUUCUCGAUUUCCUAGAUCAUUCCAAUGUACAUCCUUUUUCUGUAUUUUUUUCCUUUGGUGUGGGAAGAAUAAAUUAUAUCCAGGUCACAUUGGCCACUGGUAACUCAGAGAUUUUAGCAAGUAGCCAAAUGGUGACUGGCCAUUUUGUUUGCACUUUGAAGGUUGGCCCUGAUGUGUCUUACUUACUGUUUAAGAUAUCAGGGUACUUCCAGUAAUAGCUUACUAGUCUGUGCUUUCACAGCUCAUCAUAUGCACCCAUCAGUUCGAUUGGUGUAAGUAAUGUGGGGGGUCAACACAUCUAGUUGUUUCCUAAUGGACUUGUUUAACAAGUGUGCCAGACAGCCUCAUUACCCUGGCAGGUAUGUUUUAACUAGUAAAUGAGAAGAAUCACCUUAGACUUGCAGUUAGAAUGAAACCUGACAAAAGAAAUUAAAAUGUGACAAAAGCAAUGAGAAUGUAUAUAGAGAAAAUGUUAUUGGUGCUUUAUUACACCUGGCAUCACAGACAUGAGAAGUAAUGCAGGGGAGUUAAACUCAGAGAAGUUAAGCGCUGCCAAACCAUAGAUGAGGCACAUUAGUAUCUCAAAGUAAGACAUCAGGCAUUGCAGACUUAACUUGAUUCUUUUAUCAGGAAAGCUACAUUAAUGUGUUAACCACAACUUACAGCCAUGAAAAUGCAGAACAAAACCUUUGCAAGAUUGUUUAGAGUGGUUACCUGCUGAAUGAAGGCAAUAGCACUCUCUAUCUCUCCUUCAAAAUGUCUGCUUGGAAUCAUUUUGUAUUGUAAUAAACCAUUCAAGAACA